AAAAGUAAGAGAAGAAGGAAAAGAACAAAAAGAAAAAGCCGAGGAAGAAAGAGAAAGAAAAAUAGAAGAAAGAAAAGGAAAAGAAGACAGUCAACAAAAAUGGUGGCAAAAGAAAAAAAUUCUUCCGCCAAUCAUCGAAAAGUGAACAAAUGUGAGAGGAACAAAAAGUAAAAAUAAAUUUCCCAUUUCCCCGGGAAAAUGGAUUCCACUGAUGGAAAUCGAAUCCAAAAAAAGGAUUACGAAAGUGAAAUGAAAAUUUUCAUCAAAGUGCCAAUAAAGUGGGAGAAAAAAUGUUCUUCAAUUCAAAAACAAUCAUUCCAGUGUCUCAAUUGAGAACAAUUAAUUAUUUACAAAAAAAAAAAAACAACUAUCCCCUAAGAUAAAAAAUUAGAAAGUGCCAGUUACCGUAUUCAAAGAGUGCGUGUGCUUCAAAAAAAGUGAUCUCGAUUAAACAAUAUUUUUAAAAAAUAAUUUUAGAAAAAAAAAAAAAAGAUAUUUUUAAAAAAGAAUAAAUUUUGAAAAUAAAGUUAAAUUUGGAGACGAAAAGAAAGUUAAAGUUAAAUGAAAAGGAAAAAUGUCAUCGAAUGGAGAAUUUUCAACGAUAUCGAGUGGGGAGAUACCGUCCUUGCCGAAAUCACUGCCGAGCUCAAGGGAGGCAACGGCCGAGGGUAAUUCGAGCACUGGCGGCGGUAGUUUCACGCCGCUGAGAGAAUUUCUGGACAGAUUCUCGCUGCCCAGAGUUGUGCGACUGGAGGGCACUGCCGGACGGCCGAUUUUACUCUAUAAACAACAGCAACGCUCAUUGAGAGUGUCAGCGACACUUUUGAUGCAUCGAUAUCGACACGAUGUUAAAGUUGGACCCGAAAUUGUUAUUCCCGAAGGAUAUCCGGGAUGGUUUUCUGUGAUAACUGGAAAUAAUUCUAGUGGCAAUGCAAGGGUGUACCGAAGAGUCGAGUCUCUCGUACGAGCUGGUGUUCCAGCUUUUCUCCUAACUGCGCCAUUAAGGGCCUACACUCUAACACAUUCAAAAAUGGAAAAUGGAAACCUCCGAGCUCAUUAUACGAAAACAACGAUAAGAGCAGGAGAGGUUCUUCGACUGGUUGCUGUUUUUCAAGAUACGAAAAAGUACAGUUCGAUGUCUUUCGUCAUUUCCAGUAGUUGUUCCGAGAAGGACCAAUACGCUCAGUGUCUAGAUCCACAUGGCCGUGAAGUUUUUGCUCCCCUAUCAGCGAGAGGGGAAUUUUAUGCCGUUUGCCAAAACGAAAAUGUCGACUCUGGAACUGAUGCUGUUCUCUUUAAAGUCCAUCAUCUUGUUUCUCGACAACUGCCCCUUAGAGUAAGAUUAAUAGCUGGUCCACUACCAGUGCCAUUACCUCGGGAAUAUGGAGGUUUAAUGCAAUUAGAAUCAUCGACCCGCGGACCUAUUGUUCUCGGCUGUAUUGUUCCGGAAAGGCCAGUCUAUAAUCCGGAAAUGCUGGAACUGAUGGUCACUGGAAAUGGAGCGCCACGAGUGAGAAGAGCACGUCUAGGUUACCCUUCAGAAGCUAGACUACUUGCCUCGCCGAAAAUGCAGGGACUCCUAACCGCGUGCAGUCGAGCUGUCGGUGAUCGAGCGACGGAACCGCGAGUGGCGCCACUCAAGAUGCACGACUCGAGUGAAAACCUCAAAGAAAUGCAUCUGAAGAAAAUCAAACCGAAAGCAGAGACAAAGCCAAUUCUCCAAAGUCUACGCGACGGAAUCGAGCAACUAAAGAAGACAACAGUUCGCGAACGCAGCGAAACAAGACAACAGGGUAACGGAUUCCUCGACAGAAUCUCCAAGCUGACGCAAGCGAAUCGUAGCCGAAAUCCAGCAAAGAAAUCCGCCUCCUUCACAUUCGCCAUACGACCAGAACUCGCCAUGAAAGCUCAAGAACGCUACUCAAGUUUAGAGCCCGAAACAUCGCAAAGUCAUUCCAACAGCUCGGCGAAACAACCGGUUCAAAGAUCCGUCUCCACCAGUGUUCUCGAAGUCUCCGCCGACAUUGAGGUCCAACCAAAUUACUCCCGAGUCAGGGACAGUCUCACCCCCCUGCCCCUCCCUCCAAAACAAACGAAACCCAAACCCGAGGAUAUUUACGCCGAAAUUUGCGAGGAUCCAAAACCAGAAGUCGUGGAGCAAAAGGAAACAAAAAUAACAAAACCCCAAAUUCAACGACAAUCCCGCGUUCAAAUUCGACCGCAAAUAAGACGCGAAAGACCUCAACAACGAGACACAUCAAAAGUUGAAAUUCAACCACUACCACGAUUACGAAUCGAUAAUUUCGAAUCACCGGAAAUUCCCCCCCGCUUUCGCAUUGAUAAUGAAUCACCGCAAAUUUUACCCCGAUUUAAACUCGAAACAAUAGCACAGCCAUUAAGGAAUCAACAUGAUAUUAUUCAGCCGCAAAUAUUGCCACGAUUUCAACCGCAAAUACAGCCGAGACAUGAUAAUAAUAAACCGCAAAUACAGCCACGUUUUCAGACUGAAAAUCAAUUAUUAUUAUCAUCACACGAGACUGAAAGUCAAAUUAGAAUAGAAAAUAAAAUACAGCCACGUUAUCAAAUUGACACCGAACCGCAAAUACAUCCACGAUUUCAAUUUCAUUCGGAUUUUAAAAAUUCGACUAAUCACGUUAAGGCGAGAAUUAAAAUAAUCGUGAAAAGUAAAGAAUCAUAUGAGAUUGAGCAGGGAAAAAAAGAGGGACGAUAUAUUAAUUCAGUGAUGAUAACGCACAGCGAUCCAAUUAUUAAUUCGAAUGACGAUAUUAUUUAUAAUUCCAUUUAUUAGCUCAAAUUCGUGAUUUUGAAGUCCUGAAAACUUAAAGUUGAAUUCGAAUUUUUCCCGCCAUAUACAAUAUAAAAUUAAGAUCGAAUUGUACUUUUUGUAUUUCUCGACGAAACUUUCGACGAAUUUUCAAAAUUAACCGAGACCCGUCAAUUUUUCUGAAUUGGGAAUAAAAAAUUUCCUUUAUUCCUUUUUUUUGCAUUUUUCGUAUUUUUAGUUAAAAUUUAAUUUUCCAAACACUUUACUAAGCACACAUUUUUUUCUUCCAUUAAGUUCCAUUUUUCGUGAACCUUUUCUUGAAUAAAAAAUCCCUUAAUUCCUUUUUUGCAUUUUUCGUAUUUUUAGUUAAAGUCAGGGCUCAAAUCAGGAAAAGUAUUUAAAAAUACGAACUUUACGGACCAAAAAUGAAAAAUUACGGACCAAUUACUGACAAAAAUAUAACCAAUCCAAGUCAAAUAAGAGAACAUUUUACUUGAAACUACAAAUUA